AUGUCCACCGCCCCGCCUCUAGUCGCCAUCACCGGCGUCGACAAACUCACGCUCCUCCUCGUCCUGUACCUCAAGGCGGGCAUACCGUCGGACUGCGACGAGCAGCAGUUCGGAUGGAACACCGCUGCCGCACAAGAAGCCCUGCCGCACUACAUCGAGACGUUCGGUGGCCGGGCCAUCUACGCGAAUCUCUCGGGCGACUACGCCUGCCCUGCGGGAUACGACUCGAUGGCUGGUCAAGGCACAUUCGAGGCCUGUGUCGAGGAAGCCAGAUCUCUCACCUUCGAUCUGGAAGCAUGGGGGGGAGGGUAUGAUUGA